UCUUCCUUUUUCUUCUCACCCAGCGAACCCAGUCCCACGUUUUAGAUAUUAUUGUUUCUGUUAUUCUCUGAAUUCACAAUUCUUCUACUGUUUCCAAAUACUGAGAGCUUAUUUCUGUGAAUAUCCUGAGAGCUUGUUAUCACAGAACCAAACCAAAGAUGGCUGAGAAUAUCCUGAGUGUUGUUGCUGAGGAAAUCGUAGGCAAGCUGAUUUCACUUGCUACUGAGCAGAUCGGCCUUGCAUGGGGCUUCAAGGAGGAUCUGAAAAGGCUUCGUGAUUCGUUAACCACGAUUCAAGCUGUGCUGGCUGAUGCAGAGAGAAGGCAAGUAAGGGAAGAGCAAGUGAGGCUUUGGCUGCGGAGGCUUAAAGACGUUUCUUAUGAUGCUGAUGAUGUGCUGGAUGACCUUGCUUAUGAGAUUCUCCGGAGAAAGGUAGAGAUCCGAAACCAAAUGAAGAGAAAGGUAUGCUUCUUCUUUUCCGCUUCAAACCCCAUUGCAUUCCGUUUCAAGAUGGCCAACAAAGUUAAGAAUAUUCAUGAAUCGCUAAGAACGAUUAUUGAUGAGGCAAAUAAAUAUGAAUUUACUAGAGCAGGACCAAUAAAUGCAAAUCUUGAGAUGAUCCCAAACCGAGAGCGAGAGACAGACUCCUCUCUUGAUCCUUCAGAAGUUGUGGGAAGGGAACAUGAUGCCUCAGAAAUAGUAAAGUUGUUGCUUAAUGCAGUCAGUCAACAACUCUCGGUCAUUCCAAUUGUAGGAAUGGCAGGUUUGGGAAAGACAACUUUAGCAAAACAAGUGUAUAAUAAUGAGCUAGUACAGAAACAUUUUGAUGAAAAAAUAUGGGUAUGUGUCUCUGAUAAUUUCAGUAAUAAAAGGAUCUUGAGCCAGAUUCUUGAAUCUCUUACCCAUAGCUCAUGUACAUUAGAGAAUAAGAAUGCAAUAUAUGAAAGCCUUAAAGAAAAGUUACAAGGUAAAAGAUAUCUUCUUGUACUUGAUGAUGUAUGGAAUGAGGAUUCUCAUGAAUGGGAUACUUUAAAGGAGAGUUUGUUAGGAAUUAAUCCAAAUAUUGGAAAUAAUAUUAUUGUAACAACCCGUAGUGACAAAGUAGCAGAAAUCAUGCGAACACUUCCCAAACAUAACAUGAAAAACUUAUUAAACAAAGAAUGUUGGGAAAUAAUCAAGAACAGAGUAUCUACAAAAGAAAGAAUUCCAUUAACACAAGAAUUGGAGGAUAUUGGAAGGGAGAUAGCUAAAAGAUGUCAUGGGAUUCCAUUAGUUGCAAAGGUUAUAGGAGGCUCGAUGUCUUGGAAGAUUGAGGAAAGUGAAUGGUUGAAAAUUCAAAAGAGUAUGGUUUGGAAUUCCCAAGAUGAAAACGAAUGUAUCUUAUCAAUACUAAAAUUAAGCUUCGAUCAUCUUCAUCCACCAUCUCUAAAGAAGUGUUUCACAUAUUGUGCAAUUUUUCCUAAAGAUUAUGCCAUGGGAAAGGAAGAACUAGUUCAACAUUGGAUGGCUGAAGGGUUCCUUCAACCGUCUCAAAGACAUUUUUCAGUGGAGGAUAUUGGUUUUGAGUAUUUCGAUAUUUUAUUGGGGAAUUCCUUAUUCCAAGAUAUAGAAAGGGACAAAUAUGGUGAUAUUAUAAGUUGCAAGAUGCAUGAUCUUGUACACGAUCUUGCCCUCUCAAUUUCAAAAUGGGAAACCUUGCAUGUAGAGGGCAUACUGGGGGGUGACAUUGAUAUGUCUCAUAUUCGACGUUUAUCUCUUAUAUACAAUGGCCAAACAACACCAACAAUCUCACUGUCUAACAAUGACAUGGGUAGAUUGCGCACAAUUUUUUCUAUUCAUGCUAAUCUUGGCAACAAUUUACUCGUUGUAAAAUGUGUACGUGGUCUAACUUUAUUUGGACGACAUGUAGACGAGUUGCCCAAGUCAAUUGGUGAGUUUAGACAUUUGAGGCUUCUCUGCAUCGAGCGAACCAACAUCAAAGCAUUACCUAAUUCUGUUACCAAGCUCUACAACUUACAGACUCUAAUAAUCAAGUAUUGUCAUCUUCUUGAAGAGCUCCCAAAUGAUCUACAAAAUUUGACUAACUUGAGACAUAUUAACAUUAGCCAUAAGUACAUAAAACAAUUGCCAAUCAAUAUAGGCAAUUUGACUUGCCUUCAAACAUUGUCUUUCUUUGUCAUUGGUCAAGAUGAAGGUCAUCGAAUUAAAGAAGUGGGAUGCUUAAGCCAACUCAGAGGAGGAUUAUGUAUCUACAAUCUGGAGCAUGUGAGAGAUAAAGAAGAAGCCAAAACUGCAAAUUUAAUGGGAAAGACAGGAGUGCACAAAUUGGGAUUCCAUUGGAGUAGUGAAAGAGAAGGCAACAAUAAUGAUGAGGAUGUACUGGAAGGCCUUCGACCUCACCAGCAUUUGAAAAGCUUAGAUAUAAAAAAUUUUAGGGGUGAGAAGUUGCCUUCGUGGAUAUUGGCACGUGAUAACUAUAGUGAUGGGUUUCUUUUGGACCACUUGUUGGAAAUUCGUUUUAAAAACUGUGACAAGUGCAACAAGAUUCCUACACUUGGGCAUUUACUUCAUCUCAAGGUUCUUGAAAUAGAGGGAAUGGAUAAUGUGACAUGCAUAGGAACAGAAUUUUACAUUAAUUAUAGUGGUGAGAGAUCAAGUAAUAGUGGAGGUGGUAGUUGUAGAAAAGUGGUGUUCCCAGCUUUGAAGACACUUGUUUUGGCGAAGUUGCCCAACCUAGUGGAAUGGAAGGACGUGUUGGAGUUGACAACAAUAGAAACGGUGUUUCCUUGCCUUGAGGAGUUGACCAUUAAAUCAUGUGGCCAAUUGACAAGUGCUCCAUAUCAUUUUCCAACUCUUAAGGAGUUACGGAUUUCUGGUAUCAAAAGCACGGCAUUUGAAAGGAUUAUUAGCAAGCUUUCCACACUCGCCUCCCUCGGAAUUUCGUAUAUUUCAGAACUUGUUUGUUUGCGAGAGCAGUUAUUCCAGAAUAAUAGGAGUCUCAUGUCUAUAUACAUAGAUAAUUGUUUUGAUUUGGUGUCCAUCUCGCCGCAUGAGGAUGCAACCUCUCUCCAAUCAAUCAUAAUAGGAGAUGUAACCUUUCCUUCUCUUGAGACAUUUGAAGUAAGUGAUUGUCCUAAUUUGAGAUCCUUUCCAAGUCUACAAGGAGCAGGGUCCCGUCUCCGAAGUUUGACGAUAUCAUGUGGUGAUGAGGUUCUACCAAUUGGGUUACAAUCCUGCACGUCUCUUUCAAAAUUGAUUAUAGAGUGUCCAAAUCUGAUAUCAAUUCCAGAACUAAGAGAAUUGCAUUCUCUUGUGGAUUUACAAAUUUUUGAUUGUUCUAAUCUGAAAUCAAUUCCAGAUCUAAGAGAAUUACAUUCUCUCACCCAUCUAUGCAUUGUCGGUUGCAAAAAGUUAACGUCUCUGCCAGAUGAGUUAAAAUGCGUCACCGGCUUAAAGUCUUUGAUGAUUGGUAGGUUUUGUGAAGAGUUGGAUGCGUUCCCCAGUCUCAGUUCCAUCCAACACUUGCACACGUCUCUUGAUAGACUAAUAUUGGUUGGGUGGGAGAAACUUAACUCUCUCCCGGAUGAAAUACAAUGCUUCACUUACCUUAAACAUCUGUGCAUUGGCAGCUUUGAUGGACUGGAAGCUUUGCCUGAGUGGUUGUGCAACUUUUCUUCUCUUCAAAUAUUGAAACUUCGACUCUGCAAGAAGCUGAUGUAUCUGCCCACAUCACAAGCCAUGCAACACCUCACUAAAUUAGAAUCAUUGUUGAUUAUUAAAUGUCCCAAAUUAAAGGAAAGAUGUGCAAGAGGUAGCGGGGCAGAGUGGUCCAAAAUUGCCCAUAUUCAAGAUGUCAGAUUUAGAGAUUGAGCGUUUUCCCCUAUAUUCUUAAUUGCACUUAAUUACGAGAAGAAGUAAUUAAUCUCAUGGAAUUAUUUAAUACCAAAAGGUAGCUGCGCAGAUUUGUCCACAGCUUUAAUGUUAUUAAAGAGGAAGCAACUUGAGUUCUGGAGGCAAAAUCAAUCAACUAAUCCAUUCUCAACUGUCAGAGCUAACAGUAGUUCAUAAGAGCCGAUAGCCAUUCAUUUAUUAGCAUACAUAUGGUGGAAACUGCAGAUAUUUUACUGUCGCCAUUGAAGGUAAGGACGUGCCACGGGAAAAAGAGCUCGCUGGUCCAAGUUUGUCAAUAUUAAAUGAAAAUAGAAUGUUAGAUCAUCCAACAACAGACUUCCACUUGCACUUAAGGAAAUUUAUCUAUUCUUUCUGGCUAGAGAAAUAAUAUAUUAUAGUUGGGAGCUGAUGAAAGUUGGGCAUAAUGUCUCUACAGGGCUAUUGUUACAUUUCAAUUGGGAGAAGUGUUGAAAUUCAUUAGUGUGGGAAACAUGUUCAGUUCUCUACGUUAGUACAAGUCAUGUAGAUCAUCUGCAGUCAUGCUUUUAAUGUAAGAUAAUGUGGAUUUUAGAAAUGAGGACCGGAAGAUCUUCUCCAAUGGAAUGAGCUAUCAAGUGUUUUUGAAGAGUGAUGUGAUGAAUGGUAUCAUUUAUUUAAUGGUAUUAUCAACGAUGAUGAUGAUGAUUGUUGAGUUGGUGGCUUGACAUUGUUUAAGCAAUGUUGCCGUGUACUUGGUUUCAAAUGGUGUGCGCCACUACACUUCCUCUCCACGCAAAGAUUAGCCAACCUUAUUGGUUCAUGUUGCAAACCUAAACUCUUAUAUACAUGCGGUCUUGUUAAUUGUUGUGACAAAAAAUAGAGUAACUGAGUUGAAAAAAAAAAAAGAAAAAAAAAAAGAAAGAAAAAAAGAAAGAAAAGAAGAGUUCAAGUGGUGGUUUGUUUAAGAGAAAUUAUAGAUUUCUCUUGUUACAUGCUUUUGGUGAGAGUGUUCUUUGGGUGUAUUGGUGUUUCGGUUUUGUGAUAGCAACUUUAUACUAUCUUUGUAAUUGGUCCUAUUUUUGUAGUAAAA